AUGGCUAGUUCUCCCGCUAUCAGCAAGGGCCAAUACUUGCAUGGCUCGCAGCAGCUGCGUCUCGAGGAGCGACCGAUGCGCAUUAUCGGCCCGUCUGACUUGAGAAUCCGUAUCCGCUCAACAACUUUGUGUGGUUCCGACUUGCAUUACUUCAAAUUCGGCAAAAAUGGAUCAAUCGAAGUCAAAGAACCUCUGUGUGGUGGGCAUGAAGCAGCUGGUGAAGUGGUGGAAGUAGGUGCGACCGCACUGAGUACUGGGAAUUUCAGAGUCGGUGAUUCAGUGGCAAUUGAGAGUGGUGUUGCUUGUCUGGAAUGCGAGAGAUGCAAAGUUGGCCGAUACAAUAUUUGCGCCGAAAUGCGCUUCCGAAGCAGCGGCGCAUCAUUUCCUCAUUUUCAAGGAACACUCCAAGAAUACGUCGACCACCCCGCAGAGUGGUGCCACAAGCUACCCAAUGCACUCUCUUAUGAUGAUGGUGCUUUGCUGGAGCCUUUAUCCGUCUGCAUUCAUUCAAUCAACAGAGCUGGUAUGAAGCAAGGGGCACGAUGCUUAGUUUUUGGAGCCGGGGCAGUCGGUCUCCUGUGUGCUGCUGUUGCGAAAAUCGAACAUGAAUGCCCUGUUGUGAUUGCCGAUAUUGAUGAAGGUCGGGUUGCGUUCGCCCUGGAACAUAGUUUUGCAGAUGUAGGGUUUGUGGUCGUCCCGAAGAAAGGGGAGACCAUCGGAAGCCGUCUUUCCAUUGCGAAGAAUCUAGCUCUAGAGAUCGGGAAGUUGAAAUGGCCAGGAGGAGAUGAGGUUGGCCAGCUUGACCACAUUUUUGAGUGUACAGGAGUCGAAAGUUGCGUGCAAACGUCAAUCUAUGCGACUACGAAUGGCGGGGGCAUUGUGCUUGUGGGGAUGGGAACUGCCCUACAAACAUGGCCAAUCGCGGAGCUCACGGGCCGCGAGAUCAACGUCGUGUCAGUGUGGCGCUAUGUUAAUUGCUAUCCUCGGGCAAUUGAGAUCAUGGAAGGUAUGAGGGUUGAUGCUCUCAGACCAGACAUCACGAAGCUCAUCACGCAUCGGUUUGUCGGGCUUGACUCUGUUCCAUCAGCCUAUGACACUGCUAGUAAGACACGAGACAUUGAGUCUAAGUUGGUUAUCAAGACAGUCGUUAAUUUCUAA